AUGACAUUCCAGUGUCCUUCGUGCGGGAAAGGUGGUUUCAAGGAUGAUGUAGCCGUUGCUCGGCACAUGAGCCAACCUCGCUCUGGCUGCAGUACAUGGCUGCAGGAUUUGAUAUGCUCGCGCUCUGAGUCUGAUAUGGACGAUGAACCUGUGAGUACUAAUACUAUGGACGACGGACCACAUACUAUUCCCGACAUUGAGACUGGUGGUUUUGGAGAUUGGGAUGAGAUGUUUGGAGGGAGUAGUAGUGAGCGCCAGGCUUACGAAGAGAGGACACCAACUCGUAACUCAGAAGUCAUCGACUCGUAUCCUGACUGCGCUCGAUCAUACGGCAGGGGCUACACGUUCCUCGACGUAUUCAAUUCAGACGAGAACAGCAGGCACCGUGCAAUGAACCCGUAUUAUCCAUUCAGUGGCCAGAAAGACUGGGAAGUUGGGUCAUGGCUACUUCGCUCUGGAUUAAGCAUGGGGAAGAUAGACAGUUUUCUUUCGCUCGACAUGAUAAAGACCCUUCCGUUGUCGUUCCAUUCGGCCAAGGAGCUGCGUGGCAGAGCGGAAAUGUUGCCUAGUGGCCCGCGCUGGAUGUCUCAAGUAGUACCUACAGCACAUCCCACGAAAUCGCCCGUUGUCUUGUAUUGGCGUGAUCCCUUAGAUUGUAUUUCGGGCCUUCUCAACCACCCUGCCUUUCACGAUCAUCUAGACUUUACGCCUCGCAGGGUGUAUAGCACUGCGCAGCGGCUGUGCCGUGUAUAUUCAGAGUGGAUGACUAGUGAUGAUGCGUGGAAUAUGCAGUCGGCCCUACCAAGAGGUGCAACACUCCUGGGGACCAUCUUAUCGUCUGACAAGACGAAUAUAUCAACCAUGACGGGUGACAGAGUUGCACACCCCCUUCUGAUUAGUCUUGCCAACAUAGGCAUGUCCACGCGACUCAAGUCGUCUUCGAAUGCCUUUGUGCUUACCGCUCUACUUCCCGUCCCAAAAUUCAUCUACAAGAAAAAACGCAUGCGAGGCGUACUUGAGGAUCGCCUCAUUCACGAAUGCUUAGAUAUUGUUCUCCGUCCACUCAAGCUGGCUGCUCGCGAAGGAGUCAUGCUAUCGGACCCUGUUGGACACAGUCGCUACUGUUUUACACCACUUGCGAGCUACAUUGUCGAUACCCCGGAGGCCAUGAUGCUGGCUGCUGUUGGCGGGAAAACCUCCCCAGUCACUACGGCCAUGUACAAACAGUUUGGAGACCCUUUCCGUCAUGAGCCUCGCACACGAGCAACUACACUCUCCCAGCUGGACAUUGCGCGGAGUAAAGCUGAUCCCAACGACAUCGAGAUAUUUUUUCGCGAAGCACAGAAGUUUCGUUUGAAUGGCGUGAACGCACCAUUCUGGAUGGAUUGGGUCCUCAGUGAUCCAUCACAUUUUCUCACUCCCGAAUUUCUUCACCUCAUUCAUCGCGAGUUCUACGACCACGACGCAAAGUGGCUUAUUUGCGCAGUAGGUGAUACAGAGAUUGACUUUCGGUUCUCUGUGUUGCAGGCUGUCACUGGGUUCCGUCAUUUUCAUGGCGGGAUUUCAAAACUCAAACAGGUUACAGGACGUACUCAACGCGACAUUCAACGCUCGAUCGUUGCAGUCAGUGCGGAUGCAAUUCCUAGCGCAGUGAUGACUGCUGUACGAGCUCUGAUGGACUUUCGAUAUCUCGUACAGUCACCCGUAAUUGACGACAUCCUACUCGCCCGAAUUUCCACUGCACUUGAUCAUUUUCACGCUAACAAAGAUGCUAUUAUAGAGGGUGGAUUUCGUCGUGGUCAGCGUGGCGGCAUUAUCGAGAACUGGUACAUACCGAAGCUUGAGCUUAUGCAGUCCAUAGUUCCAAGCAUAAGGAACACUGGAGUUCCUCUGCAAUGGACAGCCGAUACCACGGAGCAUGCCCACAUAACGGAAAUCAAAAGUCCUGCUCGCUCGAGCAAUAAUAAUAAUUACGAUCCCCAGAUAUGUCGCCAUCUUGACCGUGCUGAUAAAUGCCGCCGCUUUGACCUCGCUAUGAGUCUGCUCGACAAUGUCCCAGACUCAGGGCAGCAGGAUCCAGAUGACGAUGAGAAGGAUGAGAAUGUUGAUUUCGAUGUGGACGACGAUCGCGAUAUCCCAGCAGACCUUCUUACGACAAUGAAACACCCUGGACAUUCGCGUCCAAUCACAAAUUACUUCGGAAUUGCCAAGGUCCUCCAGCACAGGGAAGUGGGGACAGUCCCUGUGCCAGUGCGCUCGUUCGUUGUCGAACGCACAGCGUUUCACCUCACCUACGAUCCUUCUAUCAGAAACAUAUCUGUUGACGAUGCUGCCAUCAAAAGAGCUGGACCUACUGCUUCACUUCCCUUCGACAAACUUCAAGUCUGGUUUAAACUUCGGGUGCAGGACACCGAUUUCCAUGAUGCUAGCAUCAUACGGCCUGCGCAGACCCUCAAUUGUGCACCUCCUUCUGAUCCCUGGACAUGUGGCCGGUAUGACACAGUCAUCAUUAACAAUGAGGCGAGGUACUUAUGGCCAGAAGAUGGUCUUCGUGGUCAUACGAUUGGCCAAAUCAGGCUUAUCAUGCGUGCUGUUGGAAAAAGUGGCACGAAUUGGUCAUGGAAGGACCACUUUCUGGUUUACGUGCAUCGCUUUGACAUUGUUCCUCAAAGCUCCGGUGCUGAUGAUCGUGAGCCAAGUACGCAGCUCCACUUGCUCAAACGAGCGAAGCGUUCGAAUGGCACUUGGGUGGGCGAUGUCAUACCUGUGACACAGCUCAGAGCACCUGUUAACCUUGUCCCUCGCUUCGGUGCAAGUGCGGACAACCGUCUCACCCCAUAUAAUAGCAUGGAACAUGCUUCUCAGUUCUGGCUCAACAGGUAUUGGGAUAAGAAUGUAUAUUUUCCCCUUUCCAUGUAG